AUGAAGACAAACUCAAAAUUCUUUUCAGCAAACGCAGUGAAGCGUUUAAAUAUCAAAAAUGGACCACUACCGCAUGUCACAGUUCAGUGUCCUGUCUACAAGGAAGGUCUCGAAGCAGUCAUUGUACCGACUGUAAACUCCCUUGAAGCAGCUAUCCGCAACUAUGAAUCUCACGGCGGCACUGCAAAUAUCUUCAUGAAUGACGAUGGUAUGCAGCUACUUUCUCCAGCAGAGGCUGUAGAGCGUCGAGCUUACUACACGGCCCACAACAUUGGCUGGGUGGCUCGACCUAAACACAACCCCGACGGUGAAGGACUGCAGAAGUUCAUCCGACGAGGCAAGUUCAAGAAAGCAUCCAACAUGAACUAUGCUCUGGAAAUAAGCAUGAAGGUGGAAGAUAAACUAGUCAACAUUGACCGUGGCGUUAUCUGGACCCAGCACGAGGAGGAGGAGGCAUACCAAAGAUGCCUCACCGAAGUGCUCGAUGACGAAUUGGGCCGUGCAUGGGCCGAAGGCAACAUCCGUGUUGGCGACUACAUUCUAAUCGUCGACUCUGACACACGUAUCCCUGAGGAAUGUAUGAUCGAUGCAGUCAGUGAACUCGAAGAAUCCCCACAGGUCGCCAUUCUUCAGUUCUCCUCUGGCGUCAUGAACGUCACAACAAGCUAUUUUGAAAAGGGUAUCACCUUUUUCACCAAUCUCAUUUAUACUGCCAUUCGCUAUGCUGUCGCCAACGGGGAUGUUUCUCCCUUUGUUGGUCAUAACGCAUUUCUUCGCUGGUCCGCCUUACAGGAGACCAGCUUCGAGACCGUAGACAACCCACUCUACGAGAAUGAUCCCAACUCCACCACCCCUUAUGAGAAGUUUUGGUCAGAAUCCCAUGUCUCUGAGGACUUCGAUAUUUCUCUCCGCCUCCAAACCAGGGGUUACCACAUCCGUUUGGGAGCCUACUGCGGCGACGAGUUCAAAGAAGGUGUCUCUCUUACCGUUUACGAUGAACUUGCUCGCUGGGAAAAAUACGCUUACGGCUGUAACGAGCUUCUAUUCUACCCUGUCAAGCUUUGGUGGAAAAAGGGUAUUUUUACCCCUCUCUUCAAACGCUUUCUAUUCUCCAAUAUGCCCCUAGGAUCAAAAGUCUCUAUUCUGGCAUAUAUUGGAACUUAUUACGCCAUUGGAUAUGCCUGGCUCGGCACUCUUUUGAACUACUUCCUCAUUGGAUGGCUGAACGGCCACCUUGAUCACUACUACAUGAACAGCUGGCGUGUUUGGGUCGCUUUGAUCGUGGUCUUCUCUGGCGCUGGCAACCUCUCACUCGCCGUCGUCCGCUACCGUGGCGAGGGUCUUGGCUUCUUCCAUCAAUUAUGGAUCUGUUCACGCUGGAUCCCACUGCUCUUUGUCUUCCUUGGAGGCAUUUCGAUGCACGUCUGCCAAGCCAUCCUGUCUCACAUGUUCUCUAUCGACAUGAGCUGGGGUGCCACCGCGAAAGAGGUUAGCGAUACCUCGUUCUUCAUUGAAAUGCCGAUGAUCGCUCGGCGAUUCAAAUUCGUUUUUGUCUUUUGCAUCGCCAUGAUUGCCCUGAUCAUUUGCGGCGUCUACGCCUUUCCUUUUCUCUGGCGAAUCGAUACACUCAUCGCUAUAUUUCCGCUCGCUUGCGUGGUCUUCAGUCAUUUCUUCUUACCUGUCUUGUUAAACCCAGCGUUGAUGAAGUUCACCUGGUAA